AUGACGGAUCUGGAAUCCAUCACUUCCUUACACCAACAGUUGGACACGCUAUGGAUCCGCUACUUGGAUCUCUUGGAGCAGUACACUCAAGCACAAGACACCAUCAGAAAAGCCCUCGGGCAGGGUUUCUUGUCCUUGGCUCAGGCAAACUUCACAUCUUCGGGCAGACGAUAUGGCCAGGACUACUACGAUGAACGUGCUGUGGCCAGCUCCAGAGUCCAAGUGUCAGAUGACUCGGGAGACUCUCUAAGUGUGGAGAUAGUCACCGUCAUGCAAGAAGUAAUGAAGUCGCCGUCUGCAAGCCUUCCGACUCCAGAGCCGGAAGAUGGAGCACAUGAUCCGGAUUGGAAGACGGAACCAACUCAGCUUCCAACUCCCGAGCCUGAAAAUUCUCAUGAGCGUGUAGAAAGAAAAUCAGAAGAGGAGCACCCACGACUGCCUACAGACCCUCUUCGCCAAUUUGGUAUCCUCAUCCCGUCAGCUCUGCGCUCCGCUCAGAAGUCUUUCUCCAAGGCCGUUCAGGACGGCGGUGCCCUCGUCAAGGCAAUAAAUUCUGCCAGAGAAAUGCGUGAGGUUGAGGUCGAGAUCCGUAAGGCUAGGAAAGUGCUGAAGCGGGCGGAGAGAGAUGCUGGAGGUAUCGCUGAAAAAUGA